AUGGCGAAAUUUUACGACCCAUGUAUUGUUGCAGUCGGUGUCUCCGGCUUUGUUGGUGUUGUCGCCGGUGCCUAUGGGGCCCAUGCACUCCAUGGGCGAUUGACGCCCAAACAACAGUCAGCCUGGACCACAGCCGUUAAUAUAAACCUUAUCCACACCGCGGGCUGUUUAUCCGUGCUGGCUCUGCGUGAGUGCGUUGACCCCAAUGGCCCUGCCGCCAAACACCUUAACCGUG